AUGGCCACCACCCGCAAACCAACCCUGCAACAUCUGUCCUCGAGCUCCAUCAUCGACAACUCACACACAUCACCAACCGACCCGCCAUCCCCGCAAUUCUUCGGCACUAUGUUUGGUGCCCUGAACCGCUUGAUAUCACGGCUUGAUGCGGCCCCGAUUGACGAACAGCAAUCCGCUAUCAGUGGUGCGUAUGGAUUCCAGGUCUUGAGGAACGCGAAUCAGGAGGUCCCGCUGGAACCAUGGUUUGACUUUGUCAUUGGAAUUAACGGGAGGACGAUUACCAUUAGUUUGGGUGUUUUCAGUGCGAAGGGCCAGAAGAUUCGUGAAAUCUAUCUCAAUAUUCCUGCCGAUAAGCCCACCCUCGGCGUAUCUCUGCAAUGGUCCCCUCUUUCCAUAGCAGAAGACGUCUGGCAUAUUCUCGACGUGAUUCCCAACUCUCCCGCUGACGUAGCUGGUCUGCUACCCUAUGGUGACUAUGUCAUCGGAAGCCCAGAAGGUUUAGUUCGAGGCGAGUCUGGCCUGGGCGAACUUGUCGAAGAUUUUCUCAAUCGUCCUCUGCGUCUACUCGUGUACAACCACGAAUACAAUGUUACACGCCCGAUCACCAUUACCCCCUCGCGCAACUGGGGCGGCGAGGGCGCAUUAGGUUGCGUUCUUGGUUUCGGGGCAUUGCAUCGUCUCCCUGCAUCUCUGGAAGAGCCACCGCAAGCACCAGGCGAAACGCUCUUCUCCAGUGACAGCGCGCCAACAUCCUUCGAUGAGAAGCGUCCUCUGUCAUCGACUUCUAACGUCCCUCCGAUUCAAACGAUUGGUGCCCCAUCGGAGCUGUUCGUGCCGGCUGACAUUGCCUUGCCAUCGAAGACACCACCCCCUCAGGGUCCGCCACCGAAGAGGAAGCAGAGAGCACACCUUGGUCUCAGCCCGAACGGAGGUGGAGGCUUAGAUGACUACUUCAAGGAGGGCGAGCAGAAGAGCAUGGAGGAGGACUUCACACCCAAGGCUAAGAGUGGAGGAGUACCGCCGCCACCGAGAGCUGGAGGGCCGCCCAGAGGACCACCAAAGAGUGGUACGCCAGUGCAGGUCGAAGUGAAGGCGGAACCAGAGGCGGAAACAGAAGGUGCAUGA